AUGCACGGCCUCCCUGUGGACCUGGUGCCAGGGCUGCUGGACGCGCUGCAGUGGCGCGUCGGCGACCUGGCUGCGUGCUGCCGUGUAUGUAGGGUAUGGCGUGACCUGGCGACGCCAAAGCUGUACCACCGCCUGUGGCUGCGCGACCACACGCGCGUAAUUCGCGUCUUUGCCACGCUCGCGGCUCACCCCGAGCUCGCGCGCCUCGUGCGCAUCAUCGAACUUCGUGUCUAUCCGUUUGGACUGCCGGCGGAACGUCUCGAGGCACUAGAAGAGCAGAUUCUCUCGACACUCCACCAUGCCACCGGCCUGCAGGAGCUGUGCUGGACACGCGAUGGCAGCCUGAACGACCGCCUGCUGCGCACCAUGUUUGACCAUCUGCCAUCGCUGCGCAAGCUCGAGAUUACGGGAAACAGCAAGCUGUGGUCGCCCGCGCUCCUCGCUGAAAAAGUGCCGCGGGGCCUCGAAGAGCUGCAGGUGAUCCUGCCGGAUCGCCGCGUCGCGCAGCACCUAGUCGCGAUCGUCUCGCGCGUAGAGUGUCUCGAGGCACUGAGUCUCUUUUGCAUGAACACGUCCGAAAUCACCGAUAUCCUCCUCGAGCAGGUGGCUGACUAUGCGCGCCUGCAGCGGCUCACGCUCGUAGGGUGCAAGGCCGUGCACGGCGACGGCGUCAUCAAGCUUGCACAGACAGGCGACCUGCACGAGCUUGCGCUGGAGGGCGUAGGACUCGAGCAAGGAACACUCGCGCGCCUCACGCCCUAUACCCACCAUGUGCAUGCCCUUACCCUAACCUAUCCCAAGCGCAUGGAAGAGGCGCCGUCCUUCUUUUCGCGCCUCGCCGAGCUUACGUCUGAGUGCGAGCGGCUAGAGGCGCUGACGCUGUACGCACGCAGCGGCAGUGCACCGGCACUGGAUGGCGACAUGGACGAAGACGACGACGACGAGCCGCCACGUCCCCCUCCUCGGCAGCACCUGCAUCCGGUGAUGGCCGCACCGGUUGCGAGCGACACGACGACGGCUCUUGUACCGGUUGCGAGCGUCCCUGAGAGCCCGAGUCUAAGCACGGCGUUUGUGCGGCGCCUUGUCUUUGGCCGUGCGGCUCGGUCGCUACGCAAGCUGUGGGUCUACGAGAUGGCCGUGUCUAUGCACCAGCUCCAGAUCCUCGCGCUUUCUCAGCUGUCGGACCACCUCGAGGAUUUGGUCGUGCACCUCUUUGAAGCUGACCUCGACGCGCUGCAGCUCUACCUGUCCAAGUUUACGCGCCUCUGCAAGCUGCACCUCAUGUCGCAUGUGCGCUCCGACGCCGAUUUUACGCCCGACGACCUCUUGCAGCUUGCGCGGCACUGUGGCGAGCACCUGACGCAGAUCGGCUUCCGCAACCGCGUGUGGAACGUGGUUGUCAACGCAGCCGGCGAGCGUGUGCUCGAGCGCUACGAUAUGGCAGCCGGUGUCUUUCCCGAGAAGCUGCUCGUGGUACGUGCUAUUUCCUAG